UGCAGGAAGGCAUUUGGCAUCAGCUGACAGGGAGCCCAAAGUGCAGCAAGGGUCAUAAACAACCUGAGAUCCCCUGCAAUUUCCCGGUCUUGGGCUAGAUCAGGUGUAGGGACUGUUUGGAGGAGGGAGGGCCCUGGCCCAGCUUCAGUAACCUGGCCUUUCCUCUUGAUCCUUAUCCAUGAUUUGACAAGUAUUGCCUCCUGAAGAUACCACCUCACCUAAUGGCAAACAGUUCUAUCUCAUCCAGCUGUCCCUUUUCCUUUCUCAAGUGCUGGAGGAAAUGUCUGUGCAGACAAUGACAUAUGCUAGAGGAAGCAAUGUCUCUGUGCCAGCUCCUGAUGCAGGAAAGGAGGAGAUGCCAGGCCCAGGCACAGGAGAAGCGCUUGGCAAGUCCAAUAUAAAUGCUGAGAAUGCACCGAGCACCCCAAGAGUGUUCUGCCCGCAGGAUGUGCGCAAGUCCUGCAUGAUAGGCACUGUAGUGACACUGUUCACAGUGCCCCUUUCCAUGGUCCUCUGCUAUGUUGGAUUCCGGUGGUGGAAGGACAAGAAACGUCGCCCUGCUGCAGCUCCAGCUUCCCGGCCAAGAAGGCGCGACUCUCCCUCGCCCCCAGGGAGCCCAAAGACUGUCCGGUUUGACAGCUCUCAGACGUGGCCUCAGAAGGAGGAAUCGUUCCAGAAAGCAGAACACCAGCACUCCGUGCCUCCUCCACGGCCCCCCAGCCCGGCUGUGAAGCAGAAGCCCCCUGAGAUCCCCCCACCUCCUCCCCUCCCGAGCCGGCCACCCUGGUCCAGUUAGGACUGAAAGUGGGCCAGCCACGGCAGGGCUUGGGCCACCAACAGCUUGGGCCAUCUGCUCUUGGCUACAGAUAACACGUUACCUGUGGGUAACAGCCAGAGGCAGUUUUCCUACUGUUUUACUUUCAGCAGGGAAGGGCUGAAGAUUCUUCCCAUGCCCUGUCUCAUCCUUCACUCUUUUGAUUUUCAUAUAGCUAGGUGCUUGCUGAAUCUUUUCAAAGAACUUUAUUAACACUUCAUGUUUUACCCCACCUAGCAAGGGAAAAAAAAAAUAAAAAAAUUCCUCAAUUUAGACUUCAUUUUUACUGUGGUUGAGCCUCUCAGAUUUUGAGCAAUUGAUUUUCCAUGGUACUUCUUCC